AUGACCAACUACACUGUUUGGUUCCAAUCUAUGAGGAGUUUUCUUAAAGGUCGCAAACUAUGGCUCUAUGUGACUGGGGAUAUCCUCAAGCCGACUAAAGUCACUGCUAAAAGCGAUGAUGCUUUCCGCACUCGUCUUAUUGAUUGGGACAGCAAACAUCAUCAGAUUCUUACGUGGUUUCGUAACACCACUAUUCCUUCUAUUGCGGCAUUAUUUGGCAGUUUUGAUGAUGCUCAGGGUGCUUGGAAUAUGUUUGCUUCUUGCUACUCCUCGAUUGAUGGUUCUCGAGAGUACCAGAUUAUUCUUGAUCUCUUUUGUCUGAAGCAAGAAUCCGACCAGUCUAUUAUUGAUUUUUUUGCUCGCAUGCAAUUUUUAUGGGACCAGUUGGCACUUUCUAAUCCUGCUUGGAAGGAUCCUACUGAUGCUCAGAUGUAUGCUGAUCGCAGGGACCAACAUUGUCUCUAUCAGUUUCUGAUGGCUCUGCGGGAUGAUUUUGAGCCUGUUCGGGGGCAACUUUUGCACCGCUCUCCUCUUCCUACUUUGGACCAGGCUGUCUGUGAGCUUGUUCGAGAGGAGACCCGAUUGCCUACCUUGCGCUCUCAGCACACUCCGCAUACUCAUUCAGUAUUAGCUGCCCCAUCCCCUCUGACUGAGCACUCUGACAAGUCUGACAAGUCUAGCCGUGGACCUUCCAAGAACCGUGACAAUCCUUUUUGUCGCUAUUGUCGCCGUCGUGGGCAUACUAUUGACAAGUGUUGGAGCAAGGCCAAAUCUUCUGCAUCUGCUGCAGUCAUUACCACUACUGAGAGUGCUUCUUCAGUUGCUCCAGCUGCUUCCUCUGGCGACUCUACAGGAUCUGCUCUCACCUUAUCUCCAGCUGACUUUGAGGCAAUUAUCAUCCAGGUCCUCGCUCGUUCUGGUAAUGCAUCUUCCUCUGUCCUCUCCGUCUUGCCAGCGGAUGGCUCUUCUAUGAUUGUUCAAACCAUAGGCAUUGUCCAUACACCGUCUCUUUCUGUCUCUGAUGAUCCUCAGACAAGCCAGACACAUAGGACCAGGCGUAGAGUUGGGCGACUGUUUGAGCUUUCAUCAUUACACAUUUCCAUCCCUGGUGUCUCUGCUGCUGCCGCUUCAUCACCACCAUCUCUUGCUCUUUGGUAUUCGCGUCUUGGUCAUGCAUCUGUGUCUCAGGCGCCUUCCCCUGUUCCUAGUAUGAGUGGUUCACGUUAUUUUGUGAUUUUUGUUGAUGAUUUUUCCCGUUACACCUAG